CACAGAACGCCUUCCCAGUGCUGAGGGCUGAAGCGAUGGCGGCGCUGCUGGGGGGCUCCGUGUCCCCCCGGGGACUGGCCCGUUCGGUGGCCCACAGGCUAAAGUAUUAUGUUGACGUACAAAGAAAAGAAGAUUCCUUUGAUUCAUCUGGAGUCACCCAUGAUGAGACUGAAAGUUUGCAUUUGCAUCCUGCAUUUUUGAUGAAGCAGAAGGAAAACCGGGAGCUGGAACAUAAUUUUGCUGAGAUUAAAUUGGAAGCAUCCUUACGUGCCUUUAUGGGGAGCACCGAAGAAUGCAACAGAAAAGUGCAGAAAAGCCCAGAAAAGCAAAAGGAUUUGGAAAAGCUUAUUAAAAAGAUGGCACAAGAUUACAUACCUGAUAGAACAAAUGAGGGCAAAGCAAAAAGUACAAAAAGGCAGGAAAAGCUGCAGAGCACCCCCUCCAGACUACAUAUAACCACUACUCCAUGUAUGGCACCAGAAGUACGGAGACUCAUUUCAUCGGCUUCCAAGCUAAUCGUGGCUGCUACUUCUGAAGCCUCUCCGAGAGAAAUGGGAACACCCCAAGAAAGCUUUUCAUCCCCAAAGAGAAAAGAAGCAAAAAUCAUUCCAAGUUUGGACAGUGGCAAGAAGACAUGUCUUUCCUCCACACAUUCUCACAAAGAUGAAGCAAGAAGGGUUAAACGAAACCGCGAAGGAAAAAAAUGGAAAGAGGUGAAGAGAUCAUCUGAAACUUCAAGCACAUCCAACAACUCCAAGAAAUCUAACAUGCCUAUUUUGAAAAUUCCCCCUAAACCAAGUGAUAUAAGCUCAGAGGAUGGAAAGUCCGUAGCUCUAUAUUUGCAAACUGGACAAAACGAAGCAUUUAGGAAAGGUAUACUUAGAAGCAGAACCUCCUCAGCAAUAUCUGAAUACCAAGAUAAGCAGUCAAAUGCCCGAUGGAAUAACUUUUCACCCACUCAGCAAAUUGCAGAGAAUUCUGCUGGACCUUCCAAUAAACCACUUAAAAUCAAAAGGCAAGAGUCAUCUCUCAGACCCACUGAAACAGUCCCAAAAGUUAAGAGCUCUCCAGCAAGCAAGUUUUUGAAUACAAGAACGAUUCAGAGUUCCAGGAGUAAUCGAGAAGAAAAAAGACGCAACACAAAAUAUUCUGCAAAAUUGACAGCUGAAGUGAUAAGUACCCAGAGUUUAAUGUCCAGAGAAAAGACUCAGAAGCAAUAUGAUCUCACGCCGAUUUCUGGGUGGUUUCUUACAGGGCCAGGCAAUCAAACACACAGCCAAGUUUAUCAGAAAAGCAAGCUUGUGGAAAAUUCUGAAAGGGACUGGCCUCAAAAUGAGCAAAAGUGGUGUGAUUUAGUGUCAAGAAACCCUGAAUGCCGCCAGGUUCAUUUUCAAACACUUCAAAAGGAGUCCAUUCCUGGCACCGCUGCUUGGGAACGCCCUUCUUUGGAAAGUUGUAGCCUACAAAACCUAAGAAGCCCUGAAGAUGCAACUCAGUCAAUUGCCACCAUCAAUAUAUCCACUGGGAUUGUGGCAGGUCUUCAAGAGGAUCAGAACGACGACCAUAUCCCUGUGGUCCAGCGUGAAUCACAUUUUCUGUAUCGAGUGUGCCAGGAAAUAGAUCAAGAUGUACCACUGAGUUUAACUAUGAAUAGGUCUACGACUACAGAUGGAAAUAUCGGAAACCAAAGUACACAGCAUCUUUUAGACCAGCUGUUCUCUUCAGAGGAAGAAGGGGACAGCUAUGCCUUUGAGGAUCCUGCCAAUACCACACAGAUGCAGGAUGUUACUUUAGAAGAGUCCCGGGAUAAGCAAAUGAUGUCUCUCCCAUCAGUGACACCAGGUGCCUGCAGGUGUUCAGAACUACUGAGUUACUGUGUGUGUCAAGCUCCUGAAAAGCAACGUCUGGGACCCCCUGUUAAAACCGCAACUAUUUUAGAAAGACUGGAAAGUGAGCAGUCGGAAGAAGAAUUCACAAUUUCAUCUGCCUCUAGCAGCCUGAGUGCCAGAUCAUUAACUGGCCUAUGUGAACAGAUGAGCAGAAACAGUAAGGAGGAAAACAACACUGACCCUAGCAUGGAACUUCUUGUUCGGAAACUUCGGAAGGUGAUGCCAGAAGAGACCACAUGUCAAGAUAGGUUCUGUCAAGAAAGCAAAAAGCCAAGUUCUCCCACUGAGACGAGAAGAGACUGGGAUCAUGGAACUGAGGGUACCUGCAUUAAUCAAAUAGUUUAUUUUUCUCACUUCCCCCAGUCGUUUUAGUGCAGAUCCCCAACUCCAAGAGGACCACAUUAAUUCUUGGCUCACCUCUUUCCUCAUCAUAAAAAAGGCAUGUUAGCCAUCGCUUUUUUUACCACUCUGCUUGCGAUUGUUUAAUGCAUUAUUCGCUAUGUUCAUGGAAAUCAAAUCAGUAGCAUUAAGAUCUCAAAUGCAUUUUUCUCCCAAUGCCUCUCUCCAAUUUCAGUGGCUGUCUGUUCAGGCUGAUGCUUGCGUCAGGUAUGAAUAGAGUGCCGUUUUAUUUAUGUAAUCUUGAUAGUUGAUAAAAUCACCCACCUGAAAUGAAAAAGCUGUUUCCACUGUGGGAAUCUUCUUAAAAAGACUGAAAGAUGAACUGACCUCUAAACAAAAUCUGCCCAUUAUGUCCAUAAGACUCUUGAAAUCGACGGGACUGAGCUCUGA